GGAAGAGACGGCGACCCCCCAUCCACUGGAGCCGGAGGAAGGAGGCAGGCGAGGGCACUCUCCUCCCCCUCACCCAAGGGGUCGGGGUGAUGCCGCCGCUGGAGCUGGCGGAAGCAGCGGCGCCGGGUCGGGGUGAUGCCGCCGCUGGAGCUGGAGGAAGCAGCGGCGCCGGGUCGGGGUGAUGCCGCCGCUGGAGCUGGAGGAAGCAGCGGCUCCGGCGAGGCGUCCGCGCCGGGAUGGCACGGCACGGCCGGCUGGAGGAGCCUUCGGCGGCCGCGUGCCUUGCUCCGGCGCUGCGGCGGCUGGAGGUGCCGACGCGGCCUGGGCGCUCCGGCGAGCCAUCCGUGCCGGCGUGGCACGGCACGUUGGGCGGGCUGUCCCGAGCCCGACGCGGCCCGAAGAAUGAUGGGCCUUCAUGGGCUGAACCGGCCCAAGCCCAGCGAUGUCUUGCUCCACGUCUAGCCCUGCUCCGGCGAGCUCUCCGCCUUCUUCUACCCCAUUCACGGCGGAGAUGGCCGGAAGACGGGUAGAGCUGUUUCUACCCUGGCGUCAGGGCAUACUCUUGGAGCUGCAGCGGCAAGAAGCCCAACAAGCGACGCUGGUCAAGAUAGAGGUUUCUGGAGCUUUCUACCCAGACAGGAUUCGACACCUUCAGACCAUUGGAGGGCUCAAGUUCCAGGGCCCCGUCCACAUGGACGAGGCCAGCACGCAGGCCUCACUUCUCGUCAGAGACGACGCAGUACGGUCUUGCCGCUGUUGCAGUGAUAUGGACGUCCCAACUCCACCCUUCUCAUCGACCAUCGAGGGGAUGGCAGUCCGUUUCUCCGAGUCAGAGCCCCACACAUUUGAGGCGACCAUCCUGACAGUAGAGAAGCAGCCCACUCUUAGUGUUGUACACCUUGAGCCAACCAGUGUGCCUCCUUAUUCUGCAUGCAUAGGUGACAGAAUUAUGCUAAGGUCUGGCUUGAUUACUUGGGAAGGAACUGUCAUAUACUUUGGAGAUCACCAAACACCGCCUGAUGUAACAGCCUUGGAAAAUAGAAUAUGCAUUCAUGUGCUAGAUCAGCAUGUGCCUCAAGGACCAAGAUGUCUGCCUCACCCUCACUGUUCAGUAUUUGUCCGGCCAGCCCAAGGACCUCCAGCUAAUAUUGCCAUCAGCCAUCUGGGCAAGGGGCCCCAGAGAAAACGCAAGCAGAAACAAAUUGAGGCGAUCCAAAAGAAGAUUAAAGUAGCAAUAAAUGGUUACAGUGACAUAGGGAGGGCUCUUGCAAGAGUUGCUUUGGACAGUGAAGAUGUUGAACUUGUUGCUAUCAAUGACCCCACAAUCACAGAUCAAUUGAGUUGUAUGUUUAGUGAUUCCAAAUGUGACUUUGAAGUGAAAAGCGAAAGCCGUAACCCCGGUAUUCUUUCCUUUGGUAAAAAGGAGGUCAAUUUCUUCGAGGAAAGUGAUCCUGGGGCUGUCCCUUGGUACAUGGCCAGUACCAAGCUUAUUGUGAAAAGUAGGAACUCUAGUCCGGAGGAAGAAGUUUCCUGCAGGGAGUUUGCUGCUGAGCACGGCCAAGAUUUGGACGUUAACCUCUCUGGUCCUCUUGAAGAGAUGCUCCACAGUUGCAACCCAUUCUGUACCACUCCAAACAGUUCGAGGUUCCCAAUUCUCUACAUCAGGCCCAUCACCCCAAUUCUCUACAUCAGGCCCAUCACCGCAAGUGAUGCUAAGGCUGUGAGCGAUUGUUUCCCCCUCUGGAGGGGCAAUCAAGCUGCCUCGGUCGUUCGGUUUCAGGGGGUAGAUGUGAUCUUUGCGCUGGGAGCGUAUGCAGACUACCAUCAAUUGCCGACUAGCACCUUGCCUAGUAUCAACAUGAAGCAGCUUGUGAGAUGGUGCUUGCAUAUGCUCAGCCAGACCCCUGCAGGACUUUGUAAUGUUGAGAUCAGCAAACCGUCAACAUACUUUUAGUCUAUAGCCUCCUGUACACAUGUAUGGUCACACGAUAAAACAUAGUCAGCUGGCCCUUGGAUAACUGCGAAUAUUCUCUUGUUCGCUGAAGCUAUAUCGCUAGAUGAAUAUAUGUCUGCAAAUAUUCUCAUUGUGACUUUGCAGUCUGUCAACCGUUUUGUAGUAGUAUAUAUAUACCUGCAACUUCUGUCGGUUCCGUGCGGGGCUGUUACCGAUGGCAUACAUGUUUUUGCUUGAAGUCAUCAGGCGCAAUGGUCGAGAUGUACAGGAUUGGAACAGUGGAAACAUAAAAGUUCAACCAUUUAUUUAUAUAGAGUUACUUGUGCGUUC